UCGUCUAUGUACCGCCCAAAGGAUUUAUUUUGCAGGAAACAUAAUCGUAGUUCAACCGUGUUGAAGGUUCAGAUAAUAUGAAACAUUUACGAGAUAAUUUUCUCUCUCCAGCUAGACAAGUGAGGCAUUUUUGUUGUUGUUUGUUUGUUAGUUAGUUUUUCUUCAAACGUCCAAAAUGACUGAUUUGAGGAAUACAAUAUUCUAAUAUUUUAUAUUUCAGAACUUUAUACAGUAAAAAAAAAAAAGAGAGAGAAAAAAGAAAAGAAAGCGAAAGUAAGACACUUCUGAGAGGUGGCUAUGAAAGCGGAGGGAGCCGCAGCACUAGAAGCAGCCUCGCACAGCACUGAGUCAGCUCUGCACUCGACAGCAGCCGCUGAAGUAGACGAGGGAAGCGGGGACGCGCUUCUCCGCUCUGCCUCCGCGAGUUCCUUCUCAUCUCGUCUCUCUGCCUGUUGUCAUGGAGGAGCCAAGAUGGCGGUCCUGGCCUAUAACCUAGGCAAACGGGAAAUAAAUCAGUAUUUCAGCAUAAAAAAUGCCAAACUACUGUCUGUCGCCGUCGUCAUCCUGCUCACUGUGUUUCACACUGCUUCUCGGCAUUAUGGAGGCAGUGACACAUGUGACUGGCUUUUAUCCAGUGGACGCUUUUUAGGGGAUAAUGUGUGGCAGCCCUAUGGCUGCAUGUUACACAAGUACAAAAGCACUGAAGCGAAAAUUUGCCUCCGAGAGAAGAGAAUAGCAUUUGUUGGAGACUCAAGAAUACGUCAGCUCUUCUAUUCUUUCAUCAAAAUGAUCAAUCCAGAGGUGAAAGAGGAUGGGAACAAGCAUGAGAACAUCCCCUUUGUAGAAGGUGAAUUAAUUGUGGACUUCCUGUGGUAUCCUGAGGUGAAUAAUUCCUUGAAGGAGCAGUUGAUGUCAUGGGCAGAGGGAUCCACUCCCAAACCACAUGUCAUAAUCUUCAGUGCUGCUACAUGGUCCAUCAAGUUGCACAACGGCAAGAGCGAGGCACUCUUUCAGUACAAAGCAAACCUUACAGCUAUAUCUGACACACUGGAAAAACUACCUGAGCACAGUGAAGUCUACUGGGUUCUCCAAGAUCCUGUUUAUGAGGAGGUGCUCAGUGAAAGCCGAAAGAUGAUCACAAAUGAACAGAUAAAUAUGUACAACGAGGUGGCAGUUAGUACUCUGAAUAACAGCAAGAAGAAGGUCAAGUUUUUAGAGGCCUCACGGCAAGCCGCCAUUGAGACCAUCUCCAAAUCGGUGGAUGGUCUGCACCUCCCUGAGGGCACAAGGGAUGUUGGUGCCAUGGUGCUGAUGAACUCCAUGUGCAACAAGAUCCUGAAGCCCAUUGAUGGCUCAUGCUGUCAGAAUACUCCUCCCCUGAGCAUCCUUCAGAAGCUGGCUGCUGCUCUCUUCCUGGUGUCCAUCAUAUGCUUUCUACUCCUGGGCUGUACAAGACAUCAGAAGAGCAAGCCCAUUCCUGAUCUGGAGAGUGGGGAGGAGAAGAAACCCCCUACUGUGGGUCAAUUCAACCCAAAGGGACCAUUACUGGCCAUCUGCAAAAUGAGCCUAAUCAUGCUGUACUUCUACCUGUGUGACCGGGGAGACAUCUUUAUGAAGGAACAGAAAUUCUACACCCAUUCUACCUUUUUCAUCCCUCUAAUCUACAUCUUCGUUCUGGGCAUCUUCUAUAAUGAGAACAGCAAAGAGACUAAACUCCUGAACAGAGAACAGACAGAUGAAUGGAAGGGCUGGAUGCAGCUGGUUAUCCUCAUUUAUCACAUGUCAGGAGCUAGCUCUUUCAUACCUGUAUACAUGCACGUCCGUGUCCUGGUAGCUGCGUAUCUCUUCCAAACAGGAUAUGGACACUUCUCAUUCUUCUGGCUAAAGGGUGACUUUGGACUCUACAGAGUCUGCCAGGUUCUCUUUAGACUCAACUUUCUUGUGGUAGUGCUGUGUUUGGUUAUGGACAGGCCUUACCAGUUUUAUUACUUUGUGCCUCUUGUCACUUUUUGGUUUGUAGUUAUUUAUGCCACAAUGGCAUUUUGGCCACAGAUUCUUCAGAAGCAAGCUAAUGGUAGUGGAUUCUGGAAUUUGGCACUUUUGCUGAAACUUUUAGGUUUACUUCUUUUCAUUUUCUUCUUUGCCUACUCACAGGAACUCUUUGAGGGUAUUUUCUCAGUGUGGCCUAUUUCAAAGCUUUUUGAGCUGCAAGGUAGCAUCCAUGAGUGGUGGUUCAGAUGGAAAUUGGAUCGAUUUGCUGUGAUCAACGGAAUGCUCUUUUCCUUCAUUUACCUGCUGCUACAAAAAUGUCAGCUAAUAUCUGAGGGCAAUAGAGAUCCUCUCUUCACCACCAAGAUCUCCAACUGUCUGCUCUUUGUCUCUGUGGUUUCUUUUAUAACGUAUUCCAUCUGGGCCAGUGGGUGCAAAAAUAAGUCUGAGUGUAAUGAGAUGCAUCCAUACAUUUCUGUUGUCCAGAUUCUGGCUUUCAUUUUGAUACGGAAUAUUCCAUGUUACGCUCGCUCUUUGUACAGCUCAUUCUUUGCAUGGUUUGGAAAGAUCUCCUUAGAGCUCUUCAUUUGCCAGUAUCAUAUUUGGCUGGCAGCGGACACCAAGGGCAUCCUGGUCCUCAUUCCUGGAAACCCCACAUUAAACAUUAUUGUCAGCACAUUCACCUUUGUCUGUGUAGCUCAUGAGAUCUCCCAGAUAACCAAUGACUUGGCCCAGGUGGCCAUUCCAAAAGAGAGCGGGCCUCUACUGAAGAGACUGCUUGGGGCAGGAGUCUUUUUAGUGCUGGUACUGAUACUGGUACAGAAAGAGUCAUCUGGGCACCGAGGUUAAUCAGAGACAUUAGCAAACCUUGUCUUGUGAGGAUACAAAUGGAUCACACCAAAAUCUUUGUGUGUGUGUGUAAAACAAGGAUACGUGGCCAGCCAAGAACUUUAAUUUUUCUGGGAAUUCUUACAGCACUGGUCUGUAUACAAAACUCAAGCUUGAACAGAAGCCAAGGUCCGUGGAGCAGCACUGAUAUGGCUGAUUAAACAUUUGGAUUAACAGUCCUGUCAAACACUAAUUGUAAAGCAAGGUGUCUGCUGUCAACAAAUUACACAUGGCCAUGUGUGUAUUUUCCUGAUUGGGCAGAUAAGAUUACAUUAACGUGCUCCGUCCAGUCUUCUCUUACAGCUCUAAAAUGUUGUUUUAUGGACAGUAUUUAAUAAUUUAAGUCUAUUUUAUACAGGGGUGUGUUUGUGUCCCCCCCCCCCCCAUACUUUUUAUUUUGUGCACAAUGCCCAUGACUGCAAAAUGUGGAGAAAUACAUUCCUCCCUCUCUUCUUGUGCAACUGACACUGCAACACGUUUCAUCAGCUCAAUGUUUCUUUAAAAAAAUAAUAAUGAUUUCAAUUCAUACCACACCAGCAGCCUUAUCUGUCUUUAGGAAUAUGCAACCCGAAUAGGUCUCUAAAAACAUAGAAAACAUGGGUCUCUAGAGAACAAUAACAGUUUCCAAACUAGGAUGGGCACUUCUCGACCAUCUUAAUGUAGUAAUCUGUGGGUGUUUCCAAACCAAGAUGCGCAUUUCUCAACUAUCUAAUAAAAGUAUGGUAUCUCAAUGUAUAAUCAGUGGGCAUUUUCAAACCAGGUUGGGCAUUUCUUAACUAUCCAAGUAAAGUAGGUUAGGUUAUACUGUAUCGAAGUAGUAGUCAAAUAGUGUUAAGUGGUAGAAAAACGCCUAUACCGUUUUGAUUGGUGAAAUGCCCAUUUUUGUUCUGCAGAAACACAAGUCUCUUAAGGGGAUAGUCCAACCAAAUGCGAAAAAUCUGUUAUUUACUCAUCCAUAUGUUAUUCUAAACCUGUAUGCCAUUCAAUCUUCUGUGGAACACAAAAGGAGAAGUUAGGCAAAAUUGGGUUCCAUGGAGGAAGUCGUACCAUUUUGGAACAACAUGAGGGUGAGUAAAUGAUGACAGAAAUAUUUUUGUUAAACUAUCCUUUUAAUGUAAAAGGUAGUAAACUUGAAAUAACCAAGAAAAAAUAUGCUUUGGUCUAUCAAUUAUCUAGAGAACAAACAAUGCCCUCUUUACCCUUUUUCAAUUGUGCUGGGGCAUCUCUCCUGCAAACGUUAAAGGCACUUGAGUAAUUACUGUUCUUGUCUCAUUCUUACCACAUGGGUUUACUCCGUUCAUAUGAAUUCAGAUCAAUGUUAGAGCCAGCGUUGUCUACAAUCAGUGACCUCAUUAUUUAUUGCUCCGUGUAUGUCUUCAUAUCCUCUAAAAUGGCUUGAAAUAAGGCAACUAAAAUAAUGUUGAACUUGAUGUAAUUUUUUUUAUAUAUUACAUUUAUAAAAAGAGCUGAAUUUAAUUAUCAGUUUACUGGUAAAAUUAUUCUGUAAAUAGAACCUACAUUACGUGCCAUUGAAAAACAAAAGACAAAUGUAUUGUUUGAGAUUUCUACAGGUUUUGAUGAGUGUAAGUAUGUGAUCGCAUCACAUGAAAUUUUUUUUUUUUUUUUUUGUGAACUAUCCUUGUAAAUAAUGAAGUGAUCACAUUUUUAAUUUACAAUUUUCAUAGCAGUUUAAUGUCUGUGAAUUGAAAAGCCGCUACAAGGCAUAUUAAGACGUUGGCAUAUUAUAUACUUGACCUACUUAAUAUAAACCUUAUUGGCAUUUUUUUAUUUAUUUUUUUU